CACAAAUGAAUAUCAAUGAAUAGUUGUUGUAAAUGUUGACAGACGUAUAUAUUAGAAGGUUAUGUAGAUUUGCAGUGCCCUUCGGUAGGAACCAGCCAUAACAAAGGAGUAGAGUACUUAAGAGAUUCUUAAUGCACUCAAACUUCACAUCUUUAUACUGCUCGAAUUAGUAUCUCAAAACAAAAGCCUCGAAUAUGAUGAAUUAGAGAAGGCUGUUUAAAAAGCAGAAGCAGAGAUUCGUUCUCAUGUUAGGGUAUCAAAGUUGGCAUAAUUGUAGUUAGAGUAGUAGAUGAAACUUUACGCUGAUAACCUUUAGGAGAAGAUUGAAUAGCUCGAAUUAGAAAAGCAACAAAUAGAAGUAUGAUAAUUUAAAUAUUAUUGUAGUAAGAUCGUAAGGCAUCUACUCUAUAAUUAAAUUUCUUAUCUUCUAAAGAGAUGGAAAAAAAGCCGUAAAAUUAAUCUCAACAACGUGAAGGAAGUCCAAAUAUAAUAAAAAAAUCUUAUAUAAUGGGUAAUCAGAUUUAUCAUCGUCAACAUUAAUCAAACUUAAUCACUUAUUAAGAUUAAUAAUUGCCAAAUAAAAAUAGUUCUUAAGAACCUAUAAAUCGUGAACGUCGAAGUGCAAACACUUAACAUAUAAGUUACAUACCUGGAAAAGGUCUUCCUUUAAAGAAUAAUGUUUCUCAUUAAAAUAAUACUAUCCAUAAUCCUCCUUCAAAUAGAAAAGAUGAAAGAAAUAAAUCACAAUAAUCACAAGAGAGAGUGAUAGAUAAAAGUUAAUCAUUAUUAAAAUCUUAAAACAGUUACUCAUACAUAAAAAUGUACAAUAUCCAAAAAUUGAUAAUAAAUAAAAAUUAAAAUGAUAAUGCAAAACUUGGCACGUAAUUAAAUCAGUAAACAAAAAGGUAAUAAUAAAUAUAUUAUAUUUAAGCAAAACAAUUCAUGGAGUUUGUAACAAUAUAUUAGAUGAAUCUCAUUAUAAAAAGAAAUGA